GUGGCGGACAACAUUGAAUUCAGGCUCUACUACUUUUCCUUACUUUUGGCUGUUUAUGGGUCUACUUUUAUUACAUAUGCCGAAGGCUGUUAAUUCCAGUGACGACGGUCAAGACUUCGACGAUACACCAUACGAUGAGACAGACGAACUGGGGAGUACAGCGAACCUGACGGAUACACAAAGCACAGAUGAUGACAUGAGACAAGACGAUCCGGAGCUAGAUACUGGCUUGGAUAACGAAACGAACACCAGGAAUACGUCCAGCUUUGGAUAUGAAAAAGUACAAACAGAUUUGSAAUUAGUGGAACCAGAAAAUGUAUCGUUUAUUCUGCAGAAAAUAUUCAAGAAUUACGUAAAACAAGAAAGACCAUACUAUAGAGUCAAGCCGACGGAUAUACAGAUAAGAUUUGACAUUAGAUCAAUAAGUCACAUCUCAGAGGAGAAUAUGGAAUUUCGUGCAUCGGUGUAUUUCAAGCAGUCAUGGUGGGACCCAAGACUUGAGUAUAAUCCCGGUGAUAAGAAAUCCUAUGUUCUUCUACGACAAGAGGAUAUCUUCAAGAUAUGGCUGCCUGAUACAUAUAUCAGUAAUGCAAGGUCWUAUACAGUUGAUCCGUAUACACCCACAGUUAGGAUAUUUGGAGAUGGCCUUGUGGAUUACUCGUGUUUGAUUUCUCUUACUCUUCUUUCACGAAUGGAUUUCUUGUAUUACCCGAUGGAUCACCAACAAUUGCACAUCGAUAUCUUCACAUAUACGCACGCAUCCAAUCAAGUGCUGUUGUCAUGGGACCGUGGUUCUAUGUUACUCAAAGAAAUACCGACGUUUGUGGUUAAAAAGGUUAAAAAAAUCGAAGAUGAAGGAGAGUACAGCUCACUAUCGUUUCGUAUCAUCGUACGACGUCGACUUCGGUACUUCCUUCUUCAAUUCUUUUUUCCCUGCAUCCUUUGUGCUCUGGUUUCUUGUCUUCCUUUCUGGAUGGAUCGAUAUGAGAUCGGAGAGCGAUUAGCACUUGGCAUUACUACACUCUUAACCGAGGUUUUUCUUUCACAAUACAUCAAUAGUUCAAUACCCCGAGUCAGUUACAUCAAAGCAGCGGAUGAGUACCUUCUUGCCACGUUUAUGUUCAUCUUUUUUGCUUUACUGGAAAGCGUUGUGGUCUACAACUACCGACCAGACGUACUGGAAAGGAAGAGACAGGAAAAGAAAGACAGAAAAAAGACCAAGAAACCUGCCAUGAACGGUAAUCUCGGAAGUCCUAACGUAACAGCAAUGGAUGAGAUCAAUGAAGUUGAAAUGAAUUUUUACGGCGUCAGCGGUGAUACCAGCGGUGAUACCACUCAAGGCGAAAAUGAGCAAACUACUACAAGUCCUGUAAGGCAAGAAGAAGAAGCUACAGUCAUCAGUCCUUCAAAGGACCUAUCGAUUGUCAUUGACAAGUGUUGUCGAAUUUUAUUCCCAUUUAUGAUCGUUGUAUUUCAAGCUUACUAUUUUGGAAGGUAUUGUCCCGAUUUCUAUCGAGCAUAUACCUAAAGAUUACAUGAAKUUGCAUGAAUUUUGUACUCAUUUAGAUGUCCUUCAACUAUUGGUUUCACUGCUUUGCUAUAACAACUGUUCUCAAAACAAUUUUAUAUAAUGCAAUGUAUUUGAAGUUCUUAUGUAAAAAAAUCUGUCAUGGCAAGUGACAAAUGUAUUGUGUACUAAAUUGAUUGUGUGAAUAUAAGUUACUGAUGUAAAGAGUGUAGAUUCUUAAUAGUUUUGUAAAUAUUCAGCUGGACAGCUAGCAUGGUUAUAUGAAAUACAGCAUUUCACGUAAGU